GGAGCCGACUCUCUUGGACCCGUUCUACCAUCGCGGUCGUACACCGCGCCCAACCAACCCCCGCUGGCCCCCGUCGCCGGGCUCCGGCUAGCCGGCCCCGCCGUCGGCGGCGGUCGCCGUGAGCUCCACGGCUACACUUCUCCCCUCCGCCCGUUUCUCCUCUUCCUCUCGUGACCUACCUUCCGCACUGGCCUACUCAAGCUCCAACCCCAAUCCGGCCCUGCUGUGCUGUGCUGUGCCCUAGAGCUGGUGCCGCCCGCGGCGCCGGAGCUUAGCGUCACCGCCGAAGCCUCACACCUCUUGCUUGGGUCGCCGCCAUAGCCCCGCUCCUGUUCUACUAUGCUCAUCGCGUCCCUGCUGUAUUCACCACACCGUCUGCAGUCCUGUGCAUUUCGUUUUUGAGAAAUGGAUAGCAGUCAAGAUUCUCCAAUGAGCAAGAAUGGCGAAGAAGCGAAAAAAGGGGAAGAUUACGGAAAUGGUUUGAGCCGCAAGGAGGCAGCCGAGGAGUUUAUUGGUUGCGUGGUCCAUAGUGAGGAAGAGGCAUACAGGCUGUAUUGUGACUAUGGACAUCGAAUUGGCUUCAGCGUCCGAAAGGGCAAACAGUCCUACGUCAUUGGUACCAGGAUUAUUCGAACGAAAGAUUACUACUGCUCAAAGGAAGGGCUUAAAUAUGAUGAGCCUGUUACAGAAGCAAAUUUCAACCGGCCAGACACAAGAACUAAUUGCAAAGCUAUGGUUCGCUUUAGAGUUGAUGAUAAAGGACGUUGGACGGUCAUACGCUUUAUUCCUGUUCAUAAUCACCAGCUGGCUAAACCUGGGGAAAGGCACAUGUUGAGGUCGGCAAAGUCGUUUGCUGUUGGAAAAUCAGGUGUUAUAGAUCCAGCAUCUGCUGAAUCACAUCCAAUGAAUGGUCUCUCUGAUAGGACCGUAGAUGAUACUGUUGAGCCUCCAGGAUACACUAUAAGGGAUUGCUACAAUCAUGAGAACGUGCAGGGUAUAACACUAAUUGGGGCAGGAGAUUGCCAAAGUCUUGUAAGCUAUUUCAAGCGCAGAACCAAUGAGGAAGGUAUGUUUUAUUGGGACGUCCAAGUUGAUCAAGAAGGUCGCAUGACUAACUUUUUCUUCAGGGAUGGCAAAAGUAAAAAUGAUUAUGACUGCUUUGGAGAUGCUGUUAUAUUUGACACCACGUACCGCACAAAUAAAUAUAGCCUGAUCUGUGCCCCUUUUGUUGGAGUUAAUCACCAUUGGCACAACAUUGUUUUUGGUUGUGCGUUCCUGUUAGAUGACUCCACAGCUUCCUAUGUUUGGCUAUUUAAAUCAUUUUUGGAAUCAAUGGGUGGCCGAUCUCCAAAAUCCAUUUUUACUGAUCAGGAUGAGGCUAUCAUGCAAGCAGCUGAGCAGGUGUUUCCUAACACACAACAUUGCUUCUCCUACUGGCAUAUUCUGAAGAAUGCACAGUCUCAUUUAGGCACAGUUAAUACUUCUCAAGACUUUCAAAAUAUGUUUAUGAAGUGCAUGCAAGGAUCUGACACAAAAAUGGAGCUUGAGGAAUCGUGGGCUGCUAUGCUACAUGAAUACAAACUACAGGAUAAUGAUUGGCUUAAUGAUCUCUAUAGGUUUCAUAACAGAUGGUGCUCAGCAUUUAACAAAGAUACUUUUGAUGGUGGGAUCAAUUCAUCUCAGUGGGGAGAGGUCUCAAACAAUAUCCUCACUGGAAUUGCUGAUGAAUCUACUUCUCUAACAAGAUUUGCCCUCUUGCUGGAAAAGGCUGUGAAAUCUCUACGUAGAAAUGAAUCGGAAGAGGAUUUUCGCUGCAGCCAAACUGCUCCUGUUCGUGCAAUCAAGCAUAGUACAGUUCUGAAGCAGGCUGCAGAAUCAUAUACACAUAGGAUCUACAAAUUAUUUGAGGCAGAAUUUCUAGAUGGAUGUGGAGCAACUUCAUGCCAUGAAAAUUCCUGUGGUGGAAACUUGUUGCGGUUUGAAAUAACGAUGCAGGGGCGGGGUUCAAAAGUGUGGACUGUUCUUCUUGACACAUCUACAAUGGAAAUCUCUUGUGGGUGCAGAAAAUUUGAAAGGAUGGGUCUUCUUUGUUCUCAUGCUCUGAAAGCCUUCAGCCUGCAGAAUGUGGAUACCAUUCCUGAAAAGUACAUUUUGAAACGCUGGACAAAAGAUGCCAGGAGAAGCAUGUACAAGCUCAGUCAAGAAGAUUCAACACAACAGGAAUGUACCGAGGCUGAACUUGCGUAUCGCAAUCGGGCAAUGCAGUAUGCAUAUAGCCUUAUAAUGAAGAGCCAGGAACUGGAAGAAUCUAGAAAGAUAUUCUGGGACUCCCUUGAAACAGGUGAGAAGGCACUGGAAGUGUUCUUCGAAAUAAGAAGUCUGCAUGCUCAACCUGCAAAAGAUGCCAGUAAAACGGGGAAGAAGAAAUCGUCUAAAGGACCAAGCAACAAGAAAGCAAGGCAAGCCCUGCCAUCCUCCUCGCCUGUUCCUGGAAUACUUGCCCAAGCUAACGAGCACCAGUUUCAAGCAGCACAAGAUGCACAUGGUAAUUCAACAAUUGGAAGACCAUUUUACUUUCAGGCUUUUUCAUCUACACCUUGCCAACCAAACCAGAUCUAUAUACAUCCGAACACAAUGCCUGUUUGUGCACCACAGGAUUUGUCAGCAUAUCCUGCAAUUCGUCCCAGUUAAAAUUAAGGUGGCGCAAGGAACAUCUAAAGGACACUAAGGUUACAAAUCCUGCUCUACCCAAGAGACUCUACCCAUAUUGCACUCUGAGACUUCCAGGGUCUGCUAGAUGUACUUUUACCAAACUUUCAUUGGAGACUACUGGUACCAGCCGCCAAUGUAUCUUUGUGAACCAUUAAAAAGGCAACAUGGUGCUUGCCUGCAUGGCAUGUUGGCUGAGAUGCUGCUCUUGAGUCUUGAGAGAAGUAGCUAUCUCUAUCCUGGGAGUCUGACGAUUAAUUAUACCCCGUUGACUUGUAAUUUUUUCAGCGUAGCUUGUUGGUCGUCUCACACUAGUAGGCAAUUUAAGAAUGUAAGCUGUAACUACGAUAGUAGCCAUUAGCUAUUAGCAGGAAUCCUGAGAUUGAGCUCAUUGACUCGGUUCAAACUUGCCUUGAUUUCUGGUGCUGCAACCAUAUUGUAUCUAGUUUUUGGAGUACAUGUGUACGUAAUCUUAACCAUGAUUGAUAUGGCAACUCAGGGCGAUCAUAUCUGAUGGAGGGCGAAUAGAUAUUGUGAUUUAACCA